AUGACGGAAGCAAGGCAAGGCAACACGGUCAAGGUGCACUAUACCGGCAAGCUGGAUGACGGCACUGUGUUUGAUUCUUCAGUGGGGGCAGACCCCCUGGAAUUCACCAUCGGCCAGGGCCAGAUGAUCCCCGGAUUCGAACAGGGCGUUGUCGGUAUGGAGCAGGGAGAAACCCGUACCGUGAUUAUUGCCGCCGACCAGGCUUACGGCAUUCACCGCCCCGACGGGGUUUUCGAAGUAGACCGUUCCGAAAUUCCGCCCUCCAUACCCCUUGAAGUGGGUAUGCAGCUGCAGGCUACCUCUCCCGACGGCCGCCCCGCCCAAAUGACGGUCGUUGAGCUUUCCGACGACAAGGUUAAGAUGGACGCCAACCAUCCCCUCGCCGGACAGGACCUGACCUUUGAAAUUGAAGUAGUGGAAAUCAGCUAA